AUGGCGGACCUCUACAACCUUCUUGACGAAAUCAAGGAUGCGGAGGCAGAUGACAACAACAACGACCAAACCGCUCGUCGUGGGGAAACUCUCGAGCAACAGGAAGAAGAACGAGACUGGGACGACACGGAUGCACCGCGCGAACAAAUCGAAUUGCCCAACAUUCGUUCAUCCCGCUUCGACGAGGACGGGAGUAUUGGGCACGGGGAUGACCCGCACGACGAACCAGACUUUGCUUUGGAAGAUGUAGGGGAGAGUAGUUCGCUUGCGGAAGAUGCACUUCUGGCCGAAUUGCCCUACACUAAACUCAAAACGUGGUGGCAACAGGAACGACAAUCUCCGGAACUCUUACCCUACAACGAGGAACUCCUACAAGGUUUGAUCCGGUCCGUGGAAGAACGGUUGGAGAUGGAAAAUGCGGAGCUCUCGAGUAACCCCAAUCUACAAGCGCUCUUUGCUAGUCUGGUACGAAUGGACACCGAGCGUGUACAGUACGUCGUUACGGACUUGCUCCGGACGCGGCUCGAAAAGAUUGAAAAACAUCCUCUUUACAUGCGACGAAUGGCGGAUCGCAUGAGUGUCGCGGAAUUGGAGUUUUUGAAAGGCUACGGAACGAUUCUGGAACGCCACUUGCGUACGACCGUGUUGGAUCACAUUGUCGAAGACGACUUUGCCAAACUCGACGAAACCCACAUGAUAGACGAACCCGAUACCGAAACGUACGUCUUUGCACGAAUUUGCCACGACUCGCCCGUGCUCGUGGAGCAGCAGUCGCUGGCGCCGGGAACCUGUCUCAUUGCGCCCUACCACAAACUGCAUGAAUCCAUCACGGACGGGACCAUCCAACUCCUCCAUUAAAAAACUACACCUGGUGGUGGUAGGAGAUAACACACACCUCGGAACGCUCAGCCUAUUCAGAGUCUCUCCCGAACAGCCGGAAGCAUGGACCGGGACCAAUCAUGGCAAGAGCAUCUAGUGCCUUUGUUCCAAGCUAUUGGAGACUGCCGUGGGUAGGGGGGAGAGGCUGACAAUGUUGACUAUCAUCGCCUUGUCUAACCCAAGGAGACAAAAAGCAAAACGAGGACCUGUCUACCUCCGUUUAAUUUGUAGAAUUUGUGUCUUUG